AUGACAUCUAAGGAGGCAGUGCACCGUACAGAUUUAGCAAUUGCUAGAUGGUUUUAUGAUAGUUGCAUUCCAUUCAAUCCCAUCAACUCACCUUUUGCACAAAAGGCUAUAGUUGUAGUUGCUGUAAUAGGACCUGGAUACAAAUUACCGUCUUACCACAGAUUAAGAGUGAAUCUGUUAUGGGAUGCGAAAGAGGAAUGUAAAUUGCUAAUUGAAUCUUAUAGAAAAAUAUGGAAAGAAACUGGUUGUACAUUGAUAACUGAUGGUUGGACAGAUAUAAGAAAUAUGACAUUAAUAAAUUUUCUUAUUUAUUGUCCUCGAGGAGUUUCAUUUUUAAAAUCAGUAGAUGCAUCUGAUGUCAUCAAAGAUGCCACAACAUUGUGGUCAUUAUUCACUGAUAUUGUUGAAUGGGUUGGUCCAGAGAAUAUAGUUCAUUUUAUAACAGAUAAUGCAACAAAUUAUAAGAAAGCUAGUGAGUUAUUGCAUGAAAAAUAUGGAAAUAUAUAUUGGUCACCAUGUGUAGCUCAUUGCAUUAAUCUCAUUCUGAAAGAUAUUGGAAGCAUGCCUUAUAUUACAGAACUAGCUAGAAAAGCUUCAAAUGUUACAAUUUUUAUUUAUAACCAUGCUUUUAUAUUGGCUUGGUUAAGAAAAACGAAAGAUUGGACUGAAAUUGUAAGGCCAGGAGUAAUUAGAUUUGCAACAACAUUCAUUACCUUAAAAAGUGUCCAUGAUCAUAAACAUGAUUUGCAAGCAUUUAUCACCAGCAAGGCUUACAUUGAUUCAAAGCUAAGUAAGACAAUGAAGGGGAAAGAGGCAGCCUCAAUUAUUUUGGAUGCAAAAUUUUUGGAUGACCGCUUCAUAAUUUCUAAAUUAUCAGAGCCCCUAAUUAGGUUGUUAAGAAUUGUUGAUGCAGAUGAAAAGCCAUCUCUUGGAUACCUUUAUGACGAUGAAGACAACUUAUCUAAUAUAUGUGAUGAAGAUGACAUACCUUGUGAGGAUGCAGAAGUAUCUGGGAUGCAAGAUUUUGGUGAAGAAGACUUCGUCGUCGAAUCAAUGACGACGAACGGUCACCGGCCACCUGCGGCCGGCGGUCCGAUAGAGGAUCAACGUUCGUUGGGACGUCCAAUCAUCGAAGGAGCUCGAGAUGUUUCGUCUUCACCACCGACAUUUGGAGAUGAUAGAUCAAUUAUUUUUCCUGGGUUAAAAACUUCUGCUAUGGUGAACAAGUUGUUAAUCAUUAAUGAAGGAGGUCAAGUGAAAAAGAAACAAUUGCUGGAAGUGCCUGGUAAGGGUAAGGCAAAUUGA